AGCACUGUUUGUUGUCAAUGUGGUUGGAAGAAGGAUGUAUUAAUGGUUAUAUUGAAUCAGUGAUGAACUAAACGUAAUCAAGCUGCAAUAAAUACUCGAAUGUAUUUGAAGUCAAGACGUGAAGCGCAGUACUGACGACGAUCGAGAGCGCGUGUGUAGGCUGACCAGGGUAGAAAAGGAAGCCGGCGUCGAAGCUAUGAGUAAAGUAAGAAGGAGACGUAGGGGAAGAAGAAAAAUAAGAAUAAGAAGAAGGAAACCAUUGGAGCCCUUGAAAGGAGAAUUGGAAAGUAUGCCGGCAAAAUUCAUGCCAGCGACCUUGACUACAUUUUUCCCCUUGACUUUCUUGACAACGUGCUUUCCGUCUGGUUGACUUCCAGCUGAACAACUCAAGCGCAAGCUUUCAACAUAUCACGAAUGAUGGUGUAAAAAAAAACUUCAGUUGCAAGAAGAAGAAACAACUAAUGAAGUGGCGUUCUCCCAUGGUGGCCACUUCAUGAACCCUGUUUUCUUCAAGAAUUCAUAGUGGGGGUGAAAGAUGGCCGCCCUCAGCGACUGCUUGGCUUGGGAGAAUAAAAAAAUUAAUAAAAUAAAAAAAGUGAAAAAGCGAAACGCGGGAACCGGUUUCACAGGGGCAGUUUCAACCUCUCGGCAAAAUCAUCUGUCUGGCUAACUUCUGUGAGUCCUGAAUUCUUCUGCACAUCCACUAUUUCAUUGCGAAUCUUCAAGAAAAUCCAAAUGAUGGUUAUUUUCUUCAAAACUUUUCAUUUUAUUUCUCUACUGAAGGUCUUCUUUUGAUACCGAUUUAAAUAUUUUUUAGGUUAAUUUAUUACUAAGGAUAUUGCAAAAUUUGAGCAACUGAAACAAAGAAAUGUGGAUAAAUAUAUGUUAUAUCUUCUGAUGUUAUUCUCACAAUUCAACAACGUUUAAAUAAAAUAGGAAGUUACUAUGGUAAAAUACUUCGAAAUUCUUUGAAGAAAAGAAAGAAAAAAGGGAGGAAAAAAAUGAAAUGAGGUAACACACAAAGCGCCACACCUGCUUGCAUUAAUAUACGGAUGCCGGUUCACACACUAUUGCCUUGUUCUAUGCACUCUCAUACUCAAUUUUGUUGGGUUGUAACGACUAUUUGUGGCAGAAAAUUAACUCAAAGAACUGCUAAAAAUAUUUCACAACACGAUAAGAUAAUGAAUAACCGAAAAAGGAAAAAUAUGCAGCAUUUAGUAAAAAAUGCAGUCAAGUUGCAAUUCUGCAUUUUUUGUUUGUAGAAUUCUCAGUAAAAUGACUAGAAUUUUCUCCACACCAAGACAAACAGUAAUUCAAGAUAAAUAAUCACUUUAAUAUCUGGAAUUAAUAUACCGUUUCGACUACCUUUCAAGUCAAUAUGACCUUUAAAAUAAUAAAUAAUUUAUAAUCCACACAUAUUUAAACAUCCCAGAAGUAUCUCAUUGUUGAAUUGUAAUGGUAAUAUGGACGGAAGAAACAAGUCAUCUGGUAUAUGGAGAGUGAUCGCAAGAUGUCAAUUACCGUGACCUUGGGAUGGCAUUGAGUUAGCGGGAGAAAUAAGACUAUUUCCUCGGGCUUUUUAGUCAUUUUGUCCCACAGAUUAACAAUUAAAGUGUUGCAUAUAUUGCCAAGAAACCACAUUAAGAUAAUUCUGUGGUUGCAAAUGUGAUGCUGAUGGUGUAGAUGUUGCGUACAACGUUAUUCUGACAUUUUUUUUUAACCAUUUCAAGUACUACCAUACCAAGAUCUCCAAGAAGCAGAAACAAUCCGGCAUUCCAGUUGUGGUUUUGAUUUUCCUGCACGCAUCGUGCUCUACAAUUCUUAUAAAUUGAAGGAAAGUUGGUCUCUACUUCAACUCCUUUAGCAAUUUAACGGGGAUAUAGGUAUAAGAACUCAGAGACGGGGAGCUGCUCGAGAUAGUUCGACAUAACACACCACACCCAGUCUUACACUGCGUGAAAGACAUGAUUGUGCCAAUUAAAUUUUUUCUAUUGAUAUGUGCCGUGGAAGUCGUUUGGGCACAAUUUCCAGAUUUAAAUUCUGAUCCAAUUCAAAAAGGACCAAUUUCACGUACAUCGACGCGCUUUUUCCCGCGUCAACAGCCAUCACGAUCUAAUGUUGGACCACCAUCAGGCAUCAACAAUCAACGUAUACGACGUCCUAUUGCAUUAAAGAAUCGACCAGCAUCAGAAGCGAAUGAAAUUUCCUCAUUUAAUCCAAUUCGGCCAAAACCGACAUUACUUCCGUUAAUAAAACCAGAAAAUCCGUCAUCGCCGCCCCAAUUACAGCGAGACCAGCCUAUAAAACCAGUUAACGAAGAAAGUAAAGAGGAAGAGGAAGAUGCUAAUUCACCUGUCAUUAAACCACUGAAUCCAGUAGUGAUACCUCAACCUCAACAAGUAUUUCCUCAACAACCCAGUAAUCUCUUAUCUAGUCCCUUAACACCCAGGCCGGAACCAAUCUUUCAAUUCAGACCAAAUUUGAAUCCCACUUUUAUCCAACCAGUUCAACCACCAACUCGUGAUGAAAACAUUCCACCAGUUCAAUAUCGCCCACAGAAGCCAGUUAAAUUGCGUAAGCCUAUUCAAGAAGACGACGAAGUUCACAUUUCAGUGAAGCAACAGUAUCAGCAGCCGUCAAUUAACAAACAAUCGUACAAUAAAAAGGCUGGGUAUCGUGAGAAGAAACCUGUAGCACAAGCGAUUCGUCGUUGGAGAGAGGAUAAUGAUGACGGUUCUAUUACUUGGGGAUACGAAAAUGAUGAUGGAUCUUACAAAGAAGAAAUUAUUGGUGUUGAUUGUAUAACACGUGGCAAAUAUGGAUACAUUGAUUUAGAUGGAGUUAAGAGAGAGUAUUCAUAUGAAAUGGGAAUCAAGUGUGAUGAACAAGAAGACGAAGAAGAAAGUGGAUUUGUUGAUUAUCAAGAAAACAAACUAGUCUUACCUAAUGGAAAAACAAUUGAUUUAUCAAAUAUGGGUAAAAAACAAGGACGUAGACCUCAGCCACUUUACAGAAAUUAAAUUUUUUUGUUACACAUUU